GUUCUACUUCAAGGAAGGUGACGGUCAGGUGAUGGCAGCCCCCUUCUCUUCAGCCGGGCAACACAGCACGGGCAGCAUUGCUGCGAGGCUUUCUGCACCUUCUGUGCUCACUCUUGGUCAGGCAGGACUCGAACUCGUGCUGGAGAAACUUGAAGCGGACGCUGACAAAAACUCUUCUGCCCUCGUCUGCAAAGACUUCCGAGAUGCGGAGCGCCAGACCCGGAAGCACUUGCGGUUGCGGUGCAUCAGGAGGCAGAUUGAGCUGGCUCCGCCCUGCUUCGAAGCUGUGACUGAUCUUGACCUUUCCAGCAUCUUCCCCCCGCGCUUUUCCAGGUUUGACCUCUCUGACCGCCAGCUGGCGCACUUGGCACGGUGCUUCCCUAAUGUGCGGAGCCUGACGCUGCUCGCUGAUGGGUGCCAAGAGUGGCUGAGCAAUGGGAGAUUGCCGUUUCAAGGCACUUGGCCGAGCCUUGAUAUGGUGACUGUGAUGCAACCGGGGGCGCACCGAUCGAAAAGGUUCAAAGCCUUGGUUAACAACACGAUUAGCGGGCGCCCUUUGGUGCUUGCAAAUUUGAGGGAAACCAGGCAGGCUGCUGUGGGUCUGCCGUUGAACAAAGUGCGCCUCUUCUUUCCAAAGGACAAAGAUCUGGAGGAGUUGGCGAAGACGAAUGUAGCGCACCUAGCCAGUCUGGAGUUUGAGCUGUUAGGGUCUGAUCCUUUCUCCCUAGACCUCUCAGUAUUGAAUUCCGUCAACUUCCCUGAGUUGACAAGUUUGAGCGCUCUUGGAGCCUGGCUUGACACUGGCGAUGACAGGAUCUUCAAAUUCACCGAGGAGAAAGUGCGGGGCCUGCUGGAAGAGUUCCCUUACCUCACCAGCUUCACGCUCCGUGCAAUGACUGGGUCUCGGUUCACCACACUCCCUCUCAGUCAGGCGCAAAAAUGCAGAGUUGCGAGCUUCGUCAUUGGUGGACUGCCGCUUUUGCGCGACUUGGACCUUGGGCUUGACGCACCCUACCCUGGUGCAGAGCUCCUGAUAGAGUGUCCGAGUCUUGAGAGUGUCAAAUUGAAAGCCUCCCGUCUCGUAAGGUUGACCUUCACGGGUGCCCACUCUGCCCUAGAAUCACUUGACCUCUGCUUCGAGAAUGAGUGGGUGGUGGAGGAGAGAGGCGAAAAGAGCAGGCAACUUUCCUGGUUCAUAAGGUCCCUGCAAUGCUUGGAAAAGCUGACCAGCCUUGCUCUCGACUACCGCAACUCGUCUGGCAUGCCGUGGUCGGAUCCAGAAGUACUACAGGCAAUCGCUGAAUUGCCUGUCCUCAGAAGGCUGGUUCUAGCUACACCCUAUCCAAUCUCAGAUGCAUCUGCAAAGCUUAUCGCAUAAGAGUUCCAUUGGCUCUUGGGGUCCACUUCUCUCAAAGAGGUCCGGGUGUCGAACUGGCGCGACAUGAAGGGCCCACUCGCUGGCUUUUACUCCACACUGUACGGGCAUGAGGGCACCGCACAUCAGCAUGAUGGUGAGCGUUCGGAGCCUUCAAUAGAAUCAUCGGUCUAUGAAGCUUCGUCUGAUGAAGAAUUUGGUGGCGAAGAGAUUUCUAGCGCUGAAGACUAGGCUCUGGGCUUGGUAAAGUCCACCUUUCGCUAGCCGUUGCAAGGGCCUGGGGUGCAG